GGGAGGCGUGUAAGGACGUCGAGAAGUGGUGCGCUUUGACGGUGUGCGUCCAAUGUCUUAUGAAUGACAGCCGAUGUUUCAGGUUAUGUGACAUUGUAGCACUGCGGGACACUUUAGCACCAACGUGACUUACAUCGGGUGUCUGGUCUGCAGGUGAAUAAGAGGUAGGGUCGCCGGUUGAGAUGCGCCCCGGCUGUUGGUUUUACGCGGAAAGGAGCGUGGCGCACGGUUCUGCUUCCUGAGGUUACCAAACAGCCUGAACGGUCUCAUGUCUGCUCCGUGGAUUUGCUUAACCUGCGAAUUGAAAUUUAACCUGAUUAGCUGAGGAGAGGACUGACGUUUCUCACAUCGAGAGAGGGUUUUUUUUAUUUUUUACACCGGCAGAUCCUGGAGGAAUGUGUUUAACUUAAAAGUGCCUUUACAAGUAGACUUGCUCCUCCUGCCAUCUGGACUCUAGUUCUUCUCACAAAGUGCCAAACUCUAAGUUUACAGGUGGUUUUCCUUGCGCAUGAUGUACACAAUUACAAGAGGUCCCAGCAAACUGGUCACCCAGCGACGGACAGGGCCUACACAGCAGCUUGACAACAAAAUUAACGACUUCAAGCACAAACAAACGUCCUGGAGCAUGCCUGACCUUCCUGCACCCAAGAUAGUUUUCAACCGUCUGAAUGGUAAGAAGUACCAUCACCCUACUCCGGCUCUGCCCGCAGACAAUCAGCAUGAAGAGAGCUUCACCCCUGCACACGAAGAAAACGUCAAGUUUGUCUAUGAUGCGUGGCAGGAGGUGGUGCAGCAGGAGCAGGGGCCUGACGCGGCUCAGGGAGCAGUCCACUAUAAAGAGACCACUCCCAGCCCACACAUGGACAGCUUUGUGCCGAUAGAUCUGGAUGAAUGGUGGGCUCAGCGCUUCCUCGCCAACAUUGACAAGCUAUCCUGACACUUUUUUUGGAUUUGUGGAUCUUGACGGACAGUCAGGAGAUGAAGGCCUGAGGCAGGAUGGCUCACUGGGGAGAGGAAGCCUGGGAGCGGCGGCUCUCAGCGCCCUCAUGUGGUUCAAAUGGACGGACAGCACUGGGAUGCCGACAUAAAAACCACAGUCACUUCUCUUGAACUCUAGCCUUUUAACUACAAUCCAUCCAACUCUGAGUAGUCAGUCUGCAACAGACGGCACACCGGAGGACAAGUCUUGAAGCUGAGGUUUCCCUCAUCUUACCACCCGCACAACAGAGAUGUAAUGUUACUUUGAAAUGCAGUAAAAAUUGUAUUUUCAAGAA